AUGGUUGAAUUUGCGGGUGAGAAGCAGCCGCGUUCGCGAAUACAAUGGACGGAUGUCGAUCUUGAAGCAGCUGGCGACCGGCCUCAAGCCACGCCUGAUCCUCUUCAACGUACGAAUUCGAACAUCUCAAUUCACAGCAUGCACAGCAGAAGAGGUUCAAUAGAUCCAGCAAGCGCACUUCCGAUUCAAUACAGGACCAUCUCUUUUCAAAUUGACGAAUCGAAAGAGAAAGAUGUUGCUGAAGCCAAGAAGGCAAAGGAUUCUGCAGCUAAAGAACUCGGAAACUUGGAUUGGCACAUAAUAUCCACGAACGAAAUAUAUACACGACUUUCGAGUUCUUCAAACCAAGGGCUGUCGUCAGAACAAGCUAAGCGACGUCUCACAGAGUAUGGCAAGAACACACCUUCACCACCACCAACCCAUCGAUUCAAACAAAUAUUUGGCUAUUUCUUCAGAGGGUUUGGAUCUAUCUUACUAGUUGGAUCCAUCUUGGUCUUUGUAUCAUGGAAACCUCUUGGGGACCCCCCAGCGGUUGCAAAUCUCGCAUUGGCCAUUGUUCUUCUAGCCGUCUUCUUCAUUCAAGCUGCCUUUAACGCCUGGCAAGAUUGGUCUUCAUCCAGGGUCAUGGCUUCAAUCUCAACUAUGCUUCCAGAUGACUGUUUGAUGCUCAGAGAUGGCACACAAGUUACCGUUAUCGCGAGCGACAUCGUGCCGGGCGACAUUCUCUUCAUCAAGUCUGGCAACAAGCUUCCGGCAGAUGUUCGUUUUGUGGAAGUUUCGUCAGACGCCAAAUUUGACAGAUCAAUCCUCACUGGCGAAUCGUUUCCUCUCCCAGGUACAGUAGAAAGCUCUGAUGAGAAUUAUCUUGAAACAAAAUGUAUUGGUAUGCAAGGUACACAUUGUAUUUCUGGGUCGGCAGUCGGUGUCGUGGUAUCUACUGGAGAUUCAACCGUGUUUGGUAGAAUCGCCAAGUUAACUAACGCUCCCAAAACUGGCAUGACGCCUCUUGAGAAGGAAGUUGUGAACUUUGUUUUUAUCAUUUGUUCUAUCAUGUUCAGCAUGAUAUUAAUAGUCAUUAUUGUCUGGGCCGCAUAUCUUCGGAAAUUCCAUCCAGGCUGGAUUAAUGUACCUCUACUGAUUGUCGAUUGUGUUUCAGUCGCUAUCGCAUUCAUUCCUGAAGGUCUGCCAAUCGCUUUGACUGCAUCGUUAACGAUCACUGCAAAUAUUAUGCGCAAGAAUAAAAUCCUUUGCAAGUCACUCAAAACCGUCGAGACUCUCGGGUCCGUCAGUGUCAUUUGCUCUGAUAAAACGGGAACACUGACCAAAAACAAAAUGUGUGUCACCGAAUGUUCAAUCGGUCUGCAGAAUAUGGAUCCUCAAGCUACUCGAGAUGAAAUGAUGCAACGCCGUAAUGAAGGGAAAGGCUUCAACGCGGUUGAUCAAUUGCGCCUCAUCGCUGGCUUGUGUAACUCGGGAGAGUUUGAUGCAUCGACAUAUAAAUUACCUCUCCACGAAAGAAAGAUCAAUGGUGACGCCACAGAUCAAGCGGUUCUAAGAUUUUCUGAAUCUCUGGGUCCAGUCACAGAACUUCGUCAAAUGUGGAAGAAAACAUUCGAGUUGGCUUUUAACAGCAAGAACAAAUACAUGAUCCGAACGUUGGAGUUGGCAGAAGAGAAAGGACUGGAGGUGGCUUUGCACACUACUGAAGCUGCAACCUUUCGGGCAAUUGAUACCCUUCUGACGAUCAAAGGAGCACCCGAUGUUCUUAUCACUCGUUGUACAAAAUUUAUCACGCCAGACGGAGAUGCUAAACCACUUGAUGAGAACACGCUCAGAGAAAUAGAGAACAUCAAGGAUAAAUGGUCCUCCGAAGGAAAGCGUGUCAUUCUUUUGGCAAGAAAGACCAUUUGCCGAGAAGAGAUGCGAGAAUCUCCGACAUCCGCUCGCUACGAGGACGAAGUCAUGCAUCAUGCUAGAUCUGGUCUCACCUUUGUCGGUAUCGUUGGUAUUGUUGAUCCUCCCAGAGAUGAGAUUCCCUCUGUGGUGAAGAUUUUGAGAAGAGCUGGAAUUAGGAUUUUCAUGGUCACUGGAGACUUUGCGCUCACUGCACAAGCCAUCGCCGCAGAAUGUGGGAUCGUUACAAAUCCUCCCCAUAUGGUCAAAAACAUCUCAGCUCUCUCUAGAGACUACGCAGUACCAACAUCCGAGUCGGGAAAUGAGAAAGAAACCUCAGAAAUCGACCACGAAACACAAACAUCAAUUGUCAUCAGCGGACCAGAAAUGAUCACCCUAAACGAAAACCAAUGGGACCAACUCUGCACCUACACCGAAAUAGUCUUCGCCCGCACCACCCCCGAACAAAAGCUCCGCAUCGUCCGCGAAUUCCAAUCCCGCUCCGAAAUCGUCGGCAUGACCGGCGACGGCGUAAACGACGCUCCCUCCCUCAAAGCAGCAGACAUCGGCAUCGCCCUCGGCAGCGGUUCCGACAUCGCCAUCGAAGCCGCUGACAUGGUCCUCCUCGAGUCCUUCUCCGCCAUCGUCGAAGCCGUGCAAUACGGUCGUGUGGUGUUUGAUAACCUGAAGAAGACGAUCGCGUAUCUCCUCCCCGCCGGCUCGUUCUCGGAGUUCUGGCCUGUGAUGACGAAUGUGAUUUUUGGGAUUCCGCAGGUGCUGUCGAGUUUUUUGAUGAUUAUUAUUUGCUGUUUUACGGAUUGUGCUGCUGCUACUGUUCUUGCCUACGAAACCCCCGAAGCAGACGUCCUGCUUCGUCGGCCCCGACGCCCAGGCACGGAUCGUCUCGUGUCCUGGCAGCUCAUCCUGCAAUCCUACGGCUUCAUCGGGGUGCUGGAAACGGUUUCUUCGUUCGCGAUGGCGUUCUGGUAUCUCCAGCGGAAUGGGCUGCCGUUCGGGAUGUUCUGGUUCAAAUACGGCGAGUUACCCGAGGGCGUGGAUCAGGAUUUCGUGAAUCAGAAGUUGGUCGAGGCUAGUAGUGUUUAUUUCGUCAAUCUCGUUGUCAUGCAAUAUUUCACCCUCCUAACCCUCCGCACCCGCCGCCUCUCAUUGUUUUCCCACCCACCCAUCUUCAACAAAGCCACGCAAAACCUGUAUAUCUUCCCCGCGAUCCUGUUCUCCCUCGCCAUGGCGUUUUUCUGGCUGUAUAUCCCGAAAUUGCAGAGCACCCUAGGCACAAGCAGUGUGGGUGUUGAGUACUGGUUUUUGCCGGUUGCUUUUGGGAUGGGGAUUCUUUUGCUGGAUGAGGGGAGGAAAUAUUUUGUGAGGAGGGGAUGGGGGGAGAGGUGGGCUUGGAGCCUGCAGUAUUUGAAUUUUGAACGCUGA